AUGGCCAAGCAGUGUGCUGUGCAAUGUCCGGAUCCAUUCUCAGAAUACCUUCCAGACUUGCAAAACAAACAGCCCUUCCAGCACUCAAUGCACCCUGGCCGCCGGGCACGGUUAGUCUACAGUUGGAUUAGAGGCGCCUGCGCUUUCCUCAACAAUUUCUUUCUGCAGCAGCAGUGUCAUCAUGUGAUAUCCAUUUCAGUUGUGGAUGAUACCAACAUGAGACUGGCCGCUCAAGUUACAGGGAAGUGGUAUAGCUCUCGGACAGUGUCGGUCCUCAACAACGUGCAAACAUGCGUUGCCUGCUUUGACAUGGAUCCCGAUCCUUCACAUGCCAUUGGAGAGACAUGUAGGGGCUACAGGUCCUUUCCACUACACACUCCACUUACAUGCCUACCACGAGCGACUGCCCGAAACCUCUUCCAAGAGAUCCGAAGCUGGCUUGUUUGUGAGGCCGGUUCCAGAUGGCAACAGUUUGGACUCAAGGCUGACUUGUUUGAUAAAACUCCCUUUCUUUGCCAAGUCAUGUGCUUUGACAGCUUGAGCACAAACGUUCGGCUUUUCAAAAUGCUACGGCGUGCUUCCUUUCAGAAGCAGCAGGCUCAACAAGCUAAGGCACGCCCUGAUCAAAGCCACUUGUUGGUUGGCACACCUUGCGCAAUACAUCAGAUUGCACUAGCACGGAAGGCUUUGCUGUUUUAUCAUCCAAACUUUUGGUCCACUGCCUUCUUCAAAGAUUACAUGACUGGCGUAUUUGGCAAGCAGUUGGUCAAGGAGUACAUUGAGAAACUCAAGUUGAUGCCACACGUGGGCAUUGAGACUGAUUCCUUGUUUUCUGACUAUUUCAUUUUGUGCCUCCUGCAGAUUGGAGAGUGCUGGAGGCGCUUUUGCUACAAUUUGAGCAGCUUUCCACAUGCUUUGUGGCGAGUACUUGGCCUGAAGGAGCGAGAGCUUUGCAUGCAGCUUGCAGAGUUUCAGCGGCAAGUGUCAAAAUGCACUGUAUGUGCCGAUCCAGAGUUCACGGCUGUGCUUUUGAGCCAGCUGCCAAAUGUGAUCGACUGCGAAAACCCAGAGCAUGUGCAACAAGCUGUCAAGUUGCAGCAAGUGCUGGCAGACCUGGCAUGCGUCGCUCCAUUGAGCACUGACGCUGUGGAGCCACCAGUGCCACCUGGAGAGUACGCUGCAGAAGUGAGAAGAUGUGGCAAGGAAUGGGCCAGAGUUUCGGAAGAUGUGAGAUCAUCAUUCCAAGACAAAGCAGUCCUGGAGCAAUCACUGCGGGAGGAAGCCAUGAAGCAGCCUUUCCCCAGCAAACACGGAAAGCCUGACGAUUUGGGUGGGGCAGCUUUUGAUGCAGUUUCAGAGCUUUGCCCAAAGGCUGUGAAAAAAAUAUCCCAGCCUCGCCUUGUUCAGACUUACAACAGAUACUCCCACUCAGACAUGUGGAGCACUUCUUCUAUGGGACUUGCCUCGGCAGAUGGUUGCUUGCGACUUGACCUCAUUGAUACAGAGACUCCUGACAAAGACAUCCAGAGUCACAUGGCCACUGCUUUUCACAAUCCAGCCCCAGCUUGCGAGUCUGACAUUGAAGAAGAGCUUCCUGGCUGCCAUCACGAGACCUGCUGGGAAGCUUUCGGGCAUUGUCAAAGAAAGAUCCAUGCUGUCUUAGCAAGGAAGUUUGUUCGGAGCCUCAAAUACUUUUUGACGAACGGCAUCUCACCUGCAAUUGCUGGACAGUUCGGAAAUGAUUUUUAA